AAUAAUAACAAUAAUAAUAAUAAUAAGAAAAAUCUGAAUAAUAAGAAGAACGUCGUCGUCGUCGUCGUCAUCGUCAGCAGCUUCCUCCUCUUUGCCGUUGUCUUCGUUGUUUUCCCUUCUGCCGUUUCCGUCACAGUCGCCGCCACCAGCACCACCGCUGCCGUCACCACCGCCGCCGCCGCUGCCGUUGCCGUCAUCAGUGUCGUCACCGCUGCUGCCGACUCUGUAUUUGUCCCCCUCACUCCCGCCACUGCCAAUACUGCCGUUUAUACCAAGAGGACCUCUACGACGACGACGACGAUACCGUGAAAGAAACCAUCACCAUCACCACCAACUACCACCAUCAACACCAACAACAAGAUUAUAUCUUUCUCUCUUCACUGCCGGACUCUUUUAUGGCUGGGGAUCACUCGAUUACAUUCCGAACUGUGUGACUCGAACUACUUAUAAUAAUACGGUCAAAUAGUGUAAUCCGUGUUAUAGUAACGAAGAUCUAUCGAAGAGUUUGAACGAAAGGGACAACAAGCAAAGUUUUAUUGUUCAUUAAUUUCCUGUUACAUCGGAGAACACCGUGGAAUAAAUAAAUAAACAAACAAACAAACAAACGAGAGCCACUGGUCGCGUGCACAACAACAACAACAACAACUUGCAUUUCUUCUGAAUCUUUUUAUUCGAAUUUUAAAAAAAGAGAGAAAAUAAAAGGAAAAUAAAGAAAGAAAUAAAAGAAAAAAUAAGAAAGAAAGAAUAAACAAAAAGUACGUUCCAUUCGCGAAUAAGGGGAACCAAAAAAAAAUUAUAUAUAAAAAAUAGAAGACUAAUUUAAACGGAAUAAGAAUAAGGAAUAGAGAAAAGUGUUAAUUAAUUGUUGAUAAAUAUUCAUUUGAAGAAAGAAAAGUUGUUGGCGCCUAGUCUAAUCGCCUGGCACGAUGGCUUGCGAAUUUUCUAAGCCCAAACGAUGGCCGAUCCACGCGGCUUCAAGCCAAUAAAUCAGUUGUGGCAGAGCGUGGCAGUACCAACGGAUCCGGAUUCGGAAUACUUGUACGAGGAGAUUUCGGGCCUUUCGGGGUCCCAGGAUAUCGAGACAGGGCCGGUGGGGGCCGCUGUCGUUGGGGAGGAGGAAGAGGAAGAGGAAGAGGAGGAGGAGGAAGAAGAGGAAGAGGAAGAAGAAGAGGAAGAAGAAGAGGACGAAGAAGAAGAAGAAGAAGAGGAGGAGGAGGAAGAGGGGAGGAGGAGGAGGAGGAGGCAAGAAGAAAUAAUAAAUAUCAGUAGAACUAACAGAGGUUGGUGGAGAUAUCACGAUACAAAAGAAAAUAUUUGUUGUACAAGUAUCCUUACCCCUCCUACCACUACAACUACAACCACCACCAUAACCACCAUAGGCGACUCGAGGUCUCGUAGUAGAUCGGCCGACAGGCCAUCGUCAUCAAACGAAAGGAAAAUUAUCAAUAGCAGGGUGGAGGAGGUGCAGAAUGCCGUGCGCAGGAGUUACGUGGAGUCCGGUACAGGAGGACCGGUACAACCACCUCCUGCAACCGGUCUCAAGCUGACCUCGAGAAGCCGUACCAAUAGCAACACCGUUGCUCAUUAUAUACGUUCGGCCAGUACCAAUACCGGCCAACAUUAUCACCACCAUCAUCACGGAUUGCACAGCCAAUAUCCGGCCGGAACUGGGACCACCACCAAUACCAGGCCGAUCAACGUCAGCAGGCAUCAUCAUCAACAUAGAUCAAGAUUUGUCAGUAAUGAGACGCAGGAAGAGAUACAGGAGGACGAUGAAGCUACUCUACGGGAGUUGCUUGUAAGUCUGCAGAAACAGGUCAGCGUUAUGAGUAUGAACCUGAGUGCCAAGUUGGACGAGCUGCAGCGGGGUGACCGCCAGCUGGAGACUACUGUUGCCCUAUGUGAGAUACGUACUCAACUUCAGGAACUCACCAAAAGUGUUGAGUCUUGCCAGAGCGAAGUCAGCGAAGUUAAAAGGGAUAUGGUUGCGAUUAAGCACGAGCUAGACACCGUGCAGCAAGUAAAGGAGGAGAUAGAAGAAUUACGAGAAUAUGUAGAUCGCCUGGAAGAACAUUCACAUCGACGAAAACUCAGACUGUUGGAACAGGGAUUAACAUUUUUCUUAUCGUAUGCAAUAUUGGCGGCUGUUUUGGGCAUGUUGCAAUUUGGAUAUAAUACAGGAGUGAUUAACGCACCCGAAGUGAAUAUAGAAAAUUUUAUGAAAGAUGUAUACAAAAAUAGAUACGGCGAGGAUAUCACCGAUGACUCUGUUAAGAAACUUUAUUCCGUAGCGGUGAGCAUAUUUGCUAUUGGAGGUAUGCUAGGUGGUUUUAGUGGAGGAAUAAUUGCCAACAGAUUUGGCAGAAAGGGGGGCUUACUGCUAAACAACGUGCUGGGCAUCGUGGGGGCAUGCCUGAUGGGUUGUACAAAGAUUGCUCACUCAUACGAAAUGUUGUUCUUUGGACGGUUCAUCAUCGGUGUCAAUUGUGGCUUAAAUACCUCAUUGGUUCCCAUGUACAUAUCGGAGAUAGCACCACUGAACCUAAGAGGUGGCCUAGGCACGGUGAACCAGCUCGCUGUUACGGUGGGCCUCCUGGUCUCCCAGGUGCUGGGCAUCGAGCAAAUCCUUGGGACAAACGAGGGUUGGCCUGUUCUCUUAGGAUUAGCUAUCUGUCCUGCCAUAUUACAACUAUUAUUGCUUCCAAUAUGUCCCGAAUCUCCAAGAUAUUUACUCAUUACUAAACAAUGGGAAGAAGAAGCGAGAAAAGCAUUGAGAAGAUUAAGAGCUAGUAAUCAAGUAGAGGAAGAUAUUGAAGAAAUGAGAGCAGAGGAAAGAGCUCAACAAGCAGAAUCUACGAUAUCUAUGACAGAACUUAUAUGUAGUCCAACAUUAAGAGCACCUCUUGUAAUUGGUGUGGUUAUGCAACUUUCACAACAGUUGUCCGGUAUUAAUGCCGUGUUUUAUUAUUCUACGAGUUUGUUCACCAGUUCGGGUUUGACAGAGGAAAGUGCUAAAUUUGCAACCAUAGGCAUAGGAGCCAUUAUGGUUGGUAUGACGUUAGUCUCGAUCCCACUUAUGGAUAGGACAGGAAGACGUACUUUACAUUUGUACGGUCUUGGUGGCAUGUUUAUCUUUUCAAUAUUCAUCACAAUUUCGUUUUUAAUAAAGGAAAUGAUCGACUGGAUGUCCUAUCUGUCAGUUGUGUCUACGCUUAGCUUCGUGGUAUUCUUUGCUGUUGGACCUGGAUCCAUUCCUUGGAUGAUUACAGCAGAGUUGUUUUCGCAAGGCCCUAGACCUGCUGCUAUGUCCAUUGCAGUUCUUGUCAAUUGGAUGGCUAAUUUUUUGGUUGGCAUUGGUUUUCCAAGCAUGAAGCAUGCUAAACUGUGUGAAUGCAUUAGAGGGACACAUACCGCCAGCAGAGAGUGCAGCCCUGAUGGUGGCCGAAGAGAAGCCACAUCCAGAUUCAUUUGUGUUUGCAGCUGGAUCCGAGCGAUCUUCCGUCGCUCCCGCUCAACCGGAGAGGCCACCGCCCCCGCUUCCCCCGCCACGCUUUCCGAGCAGCGGUGUCUGACAAUGGGGAACAACUCCUCUUAAUAUUGGUAAUCUGGUGAUAAUGAACAAUCCUAUUCCAUUACCGUUGCUAUUAACUACGAACAAUUACAACCUGGAGAGUCAACUUUACGAGAUGAUAACGGAAAGUAGCAAAGCUUGUGCUGUCUAUUUGAGGAACAGUUUGUUGUUUCGUGCUUUCAAUGCUAACAAUCUCGGAUGGAAUUACGUACGCGGUUAAAGGAUUAUUAUAAAUUAUUAUACGAGACGCGAAAUCUCCUUAACGAGAGGGGGAAAAAAAGAAAAAGAAAAAAAAAAGAAAGAAAGAAAGAAAGAAAUGAAUUUUAAAUGAUAACCGAGAAGAUGGACGACGAUUAUGUAAUGACAAAAAAAAAUCAUUUUUCUUUUCUUUUCUUUCUUUUUCUUUUUUUUUUUUCUCGUAAAUUAUCCGCGAAUCGAAAGGUACCAGCCCCAACCAUCCACCACCACCCACCAUCAACAUCAACAUCAACAUCGUCACCACCAAUGACAGCAAUGCGUGGGAAUCAUCGAAGAAAAUGAAUUAAAAAACGAGAAUUCAGUUUCCGCGAAAUAAGUGAUUUGUGCCUAAGACGCGUUAUAUGUUUGAGAAGGGUAAAGGGAGGUGGAGGAAGAAGGAGAAAAAAUAUUCGAUAUAAAUCCGCGAUAACAAGAAGAAGGAAACAUAAAAAAAAAAAAAAAAGUUAAUAUACUUCUUUAUUAAUAUUUACGCGCGAGAGGAGAACUCUGUCUUUCCCUAUCCCUCUCCACCCCCUAUUCAUC